AAUUAUAAUAAUGAAACGGCAAAAAUAUCUGCUCAAGAUGCAGUAAACGACAUCCUGCAAUUUGUCUACAACGAUGAAGACGCAGACGACACUGAUGAUGAAAGUGAUCUAAAUGAUCUAAAUGGAAAUGAGAAUGAAGACUUACAAAUUCCUGAGCAAGAUCAUUGUGAGUCUGAUGAGGAGCAAAAUAUGGCAGUACAGAACAACGACAGCGAUAUUGAUGAAGAACUCAACCCCAACCCACGUUACCCAAAAAGAAUGCUAACUUACCAAAGAAAAGUCCAUUCCAUAGAAUCUGCUCUAGAUGAGUCCAGCUACCAGCCAAUGAAUAUUCCUAAAAAAGGUAAAAAAAAUGAAAGGGAUCAUUGAAAAUAAACAAGAUAAAAAGAAAACACUUAUAUAUAACUUUUCAAACCAGAAACCAGACAAUAUCGGUCGACAGAGAAGGGCUGACGUUAUAAAAGACAAACCAGGUCCAGUGCCCAGGGCUAGAAAUACUUGUGAACCUGUUGAUGCAUUUCACAUGUUUUUUACCAAAGAAAUGUUUGAACUAAUACUAGAAAAUACUAACAGAAAAAUUAAUAACUUACGUGCAUCGCUUUCGGAAGAAAAAUUGCAGUCGUUUAUGAAAAUCACGAUAAUCGACGAGAUUCAAGCUUUUGUCGGAUUGAUGUUGUAUAGGGGACUUUUCAGCCUCAAUAAUUUCUCACUCCUAAAGCUCUUUUCGGAUAAAUAUGGACCACCAAUAUUUGCUGCAACCAUGUCACGUAACCGAUUCUUUUUUCUUUUACGGUGUUUUUGUUUUGAUGACGAAUCUACACGUGCGGAACGCUGGAAACAAGAUCGCUUUGCGGCUGCACGAGAACUUUUUGAAAUGUUCAACGAGCAAUGCAUGACAUCUAUGAAGGCAACAGACUUUUUGUCCUUGGAUGAAACUCUGUAUCCUAUGCGAAGCCAGAUCGCCUUCAAACAGUACAAUCCAAAUAAACCUGCAAAGUACGGGCUACUUUUCAAGUCGUUGAAUUCUGCUCGCUACCCGUAUACAUAUGUAACUACACCAUAUGCAGGCAAACCACAAGCUGGAGAUGGUGAAUUUUACCGUCCAGGUACAGAAAAUGUAACCACGUAUCUGAUCAAUCGACUUGACAAUCAAAAGCUCGAAGGUAAAAACAUCUCAUUUGAUCGCCUUUACACAACAUUUACCCUUGCGACAUGGCUUCUCACUGAAAAACAUGUGACUUGCAUUGGUACCCUGAUUGCAAACAGAAGGGGUUUACCGAAGGAUAUCAAAAACGUUGAUAAGCGGGAAGUCCUUUCGACUGAAUUUUAUUGGGAUGACAAGAACGAUCUCAUCUUGGGUUCGUAUGUUGUUAGUACCUCGACAAAAAAAAAGAAUGUAAUGAUCCUUUCUACCUACAGACCCUUUCUUGGCACCACUAUUGACGAUGGGAAGAUCAAAGCUAUGCUGUACAAGCUUUAUGAUUUUACCAAAGGUGGGACAGAUAUAGUUGACCAACGGAUGGGGUUUCACACCAGCAAAUUCAAAUCGCGAAAAUGGUCAAUGGUAGCAUUCGCAUACAUUCUCGACAUGGCACGCGUAAAUUUAUCUACUUUAUUCGCGCUGAAUAAUAAAAUUGAUCCUUUGAAACAGGAUUCUUUUGAUUUUGGAAUGUCCCUUGUUUUCGGUCUUGUCGGUCCUUUCGUCAAGCAACGUGAUCCGGCAAACCUAAAGCCAGGCAUCAAACAGAAAAUUGCAUUGACACUUGCAUCAAUGGGUAUCCCGAAUGCCGUGACCCCAACACCGGUCAAUGCUAGAUUUCCCGCCGUAGGUGAAAGGAGAAGAAGAUGCAAAAUUUGUAUUGAAGGGAUGGAACAUGGUGUAACUCAAGACAAUUACUAAGUCAAAAAUCGUUAUGUCAAUCGUGCGGUAAUAGUACAUGUCAGAAACAUCUUGUCCGUAUUUGCCAUAGUUGUAUGGACUAACUUUUGAAUGCGCAAUUGACUUUUUUCAUCCAGUUGUCUUGUUUUAUUUUAUUUUACUACUUUAGGAACUAGUUUUACUAAAUUUCCUCUGCUUUUUAUAUAUUUUACUGAUAUAUAGUAUGGAAAUUUACUUCGUUUACCCUGAUUUUCCUACUUUUUACGUAUAAAAUUUUGGAAA